AUGGCCGACCUUCUUCGUGAAUCGCCCUUGGGCCAAAGUAUUCGCUUCCUGACGCGCAAUCGCAUGCUCAAGUACCCAGAAGAAGAAGCCGGCUUCACCCUACCAGAUUCCUACAACACAGCGCUAAAUUCGGCUGGCGGCGGAGAGAAGCUUCCAGAGGAGCCAAGAUCAGGAUCCUCAUCUUCAGACUCGUCAAAUCUGAAAGAUGAGAAGAAUGAAGAGAAAGCAGCCUCUCCAGUGAUGCCAGCCUUGCAAAAGCGCACCACCACCAAAAGCUUCAGACGCGACGUCGAGGGUGGAGAUGGCGGCAACAUGACGCUGACACGCACUAAGACGCGCGAGGAGACCAAGCCGUACUCAGAUGAGCGUCUGGAGGUUGAACAGGAACUAGCGAUAGAACGCACAAAGACGAUUCCAAUCAUCCCCAUGAAGACGUCAGACGGCAACAUCCUCGUGGAUUGGUAUACUACCGACGAUCCAGCCAAUCCGCAGAAUUGGUCUGCGAAGAAGAAGCAUUUCACCUCUUUAAUUCUCAUGCUGUACACCUUCGCCGUCUAUACUGGUAGUGCAAUUUACACCCCUAGCGCCCCAGGUGUCAUCGAGCGUUUCGGUGUCUCCCACGAAAACUCAUCCCUUCCCCUCUCUCUCUAUGUCCUGGCCUACGGUAUCGGUCCUCUACUCUUCGGCCCACUGUCUGAAAUUCCCAGGAUAGGCCGUGCCCCCGUCUACAUCGUAACGAUGUUCCUAUUUGUGAUGAUGUCAAUUCCAACGCCAUUAGUCAAUAACUUCGCCGGUCUUCUUGUCUUGCGAUUCUUGCAAGGAUUCUUCGGCUCCCCAUGUCUCGCGAACGGCGGUGCAACAAUGCAAGAUAUGUAUUCUCUCCUCUAUCUACCCUACGCACUUUCUGCGUGGGUAUCAGCAGCGUAUUGCGGUCCUGCACUUGGUCCGCUCCUUUCUGGGUUUGCUGUAACGGCAAAGGGUUGGCGAUGGUCGCUAUGGGAAAUUUUGUGGCUUGCUGGACCAAUUUUCAUCCUGAUGUUUGUGAUUAUGCCAGAAACAUCGACGCCUAAUAUCUUGCUCCGAAGGGCGAAGCGCCUGAGGGCAUUGACUGGCGACCACAGACUCAAAUCACAAUCCGAGAUCGAUCAAGCAGGAAUGAAUCCACGGAAAGUAGCCAUUGACGCCUUGAUCAAGCCUAUGGAAAUCACCAUCAAGGAUCCAGCGAUUGCAUUCGUGAACAUGUAUACAGCUCUUGUCUAUGGUAUCUACUACUCCUUCUUCGAAGUCUUCCCCCUCGUCUACCCCGUCUUCUACGGCAUGUCUCCCGGCAUAGUCGGCGUCGUCUUCACCUGUAUCCUCGUCUCCUGCCUCCUCGGCGUAGCUGUCUACUGCGCCUAUCUCGCCUACUACCUCAUCCCAGACAUCAUGGCACACGGCCUACGAGCUCAAGAACACCGCCUUGUCCCCGCCCUUUUCGGAUCUUUCGGCCCUCCAAUCGGACUGUUUAUCUUCGCGUGGACCGCUAGGCCAGAUAUUCACUGGUUCCCCAGUGUCCUUGGUAUCACCAUAUACGGAAUGAGCGUCUUCAUCGUCAUGCAGUGUAUUUUCGUAUACGUGCCGCUUUCAUAUCCACAAUACGCCGCCUCUCUCUUCGCUGGGAACGACUUCUUCCGCUCUGCUCUCGCGUGCGGUAGUAUCAUGUUCGCCCGACCGCUUUUCAUCAAUCUUGGUGUCGAUGAGGGUGUUACUCUUCUGGCAUGCUUGAGUACGACUGGUGUUGUUGGUAUCUUUUAUCUCUACUACUACGGGGCCAAGCUCCGAGCGAGGAGCAAGUUCGCGCAAGGAUAA